AUGUGGUCCGGACUCUUCAUGUUGCUCGUCUUGAGCACUAUCAUGACAAUCGCUUCCUUUCUCGCCGGGUCCUUACCAUUGUCCUUCUCUCUCUCGCAGCGUCAGCUUCGACUGACCACAGCAAUCGGCACUGGUGUUCUAGUAGGCACCGCCCUCAUCGUUAUCAUCCCAGAAGGCAUCGAAACGCUAUACAGUGCGCGCGAAGUUAGCCAUGCGCAUGCAGCAAGAUCACUAUCGCUAGACACCAGAAGUCCGAAUGGACUGCUCGAUACAUUGCCCUUCGACUUGUCACGUCGUGACUUUCCAACUCUUGACCUGCGCAUCAGAGAUACGGAUUUGACUGGACCGGACGAUGGACGCCCAGGGGACGGACAACCUUCUUCGCAAGAGCAUGAUCACAAAACAGAAGAGCACAAAUCGGAAGACCACGAUGAUUGGGAACCUCAUGCCUGGAUUGGAGUCUCUCUAGUUUUGGGCUUCGUCUUGAUGUACCUGAUCGAUCAACUGCCUCGUCACGCGGCAGCUUCUUCUCAACCACAGAGGUUUCAUAUCGCGCUGGAUCGCUUCAACCUCCAGAGAUCUACAAACCAGGCGUCUGAAGUAGAGGACCCUGAUGGACCACCACCUGACCCCAUGCACGAAUCACGCCCAUCCUCAACUACCGUAGGUUUGGUGAUCCAUGCUGCUGCAGACGGCAUCGCUCUCGGAGCCUCAUCAAGUGCUUCUUCGCGAAGGCUGGGUUUCAUCGUCUUCGUGGCUUUGAUGAUACACAAGGCUCCCGCCGCAUUUGGCCUUACUUCGGCAUUGCUCAAACAGGGACUUUCCAAGAGAAGAGCACGAAAUCACCUGAUUGUCUUCAGUCUGGCCGCACCAAUCGGUGCGUUGUUUACGUGGGCUCUCGUCAACAUAUUCGAAGGAGGAAUUGGUCAGAGCGAACAUGGCACUCGUUUCUUCACUGGGUUGCUAUUGUUAUUUUCAGGGGGCACCUUCUUAUACGUCGCGAUGCAUGCGAUGCAAGAUACGAAACACGGCCACGAAAUGGGAAAUGCUACACCUAAUGGCUAUAGCGACCCGAACGUGUACGACGGAUAUCAGUCGGCAUCGAACAAGCACGAAGCUCCUGUGCUCAGUGAUACGCUGGCUGUAGUAGGUGGAAUGUUGCUUCCACUUUUGACACAAGUAUUUGGGCACGGCCAUUAA